AAAAUGAGUUAAAACCAGAAAAAAUUGUGGAAGGUUUGGAAAAUGGCAGCGCCGGCGGCAGUGGAGGGAGUAGCUGUGACGGCUCUCCGCUCAGUCUUCCUUCGAGUCCGGCAAGCGGCGGAGCGGGCAGGGACGCAAACGGAACGUGUACGGGUCGUGGCCGUAUCCAAGACGAAACCCGUCUCCCUUAUUCGCCAAGUCUAUGACGCCGGCCACCGUUGCUUCGGUGAAAAUUAUGUCCAAGAAAUAGUCGAGAAAGCUCCUCAGCUACCUGAGGAUAUAGAAUGGCAUUUUAUUGGCCAUUUGCAGAGUAAUAAGGCUAAAACGCUCCUGGGUGGAGUGCCAAAUCUAGCCUUCUUUCAUGGUGUAGAUAAUGAGAAGAUUGCAAAUCAUCUUGACCGAGCAGUUUCAGGCCUUGGGAGAAAUCCUCUGAAGAUUUUUGUACAAGUAAACACCAGUGGAGAAGCAUCAAAAUCAGGGAUUGAUCCCUCUGAUUGUGUGCAUCUUGCUGAAUAUGUUAAAUCACACUGUCCAAAUUUGUUGUUUUCUGGAUUAAUGACAAUAGGAAUGCGGGACUAUACAUCAACACCAGAGAACUUCAAGACACUAUCAAAUUGUAGACUUGAGGUUUGCAAGGCACUUGGAAUGGCGGAGGAUGAGUGUGAGCUAUCAAUGGGCAUGUCGGGUGACUUUGAGCAAGCGAUUGAAAUGGGAAGUACUAACGUGAGGAUUGGAUCAACUAUCUUUGGACCAAGGGAGUACGCAAAGAAGCCGCAGAAUUGACAUCUUCAUGUUCACCGCUCUCGCUCACAUGGGUUCCUUAUAUACUAUUGUAAUAUUUUAAAUUGAUUGUUCAUGUACUUAAAUUUCUAUUGUGUAGAUUACCUCCAUACCAAAGAUGAAAAAUAUAAAAUACUUCCAUCAUGUCUUGUUGUUAAUUGCUUGUAUUCAGCAUCUUUUAACAAUAAAAGUUAUUUCAAUCU